GGAACGCCAAAACAUAUCAAGCAGCCUCGACAAGAGAGCAGCGGACGAUAUGGCCUGUUCAACGGCGCUGGCGAAGGGUUAGGCAUCGGCAUUGCUAUCCUCCUCAGUAUACACAUCUUCUUCGACCACGGCUACAAUUGGACUGGUACCUGGGGACCUUCGAUGCUUCCUACUCUGAACGCCAGCGGCACCAGCGUCAUUGUCUCCAAAUGGUAUCGCCGUGGUCGAGGCAUACAAGUUGGUGAUCUAGUGUCGUACAAACAUCCUAUACAGGGCGAGAUGACGACCAUUAAAAGAGUUAUCGGCAUGCCGGGCGACUUUGUGCUUAGGGACACGCCUGGCAAGGGAGAUGGCACCAUGAUACAGGUUCCUGUUGGUCACUGCUGGACGGUCGGAGACAACCUGUCAGCUUCGCGUGACUCGAGGAUGUAUGGCCCCGUGCCUCUGGCCUUGAUUAAGGGCAAGGUUGUCGCGAUAUGGAAUGACUGGCUGGAGAUGCCGCAACCGGUACACAACGCCUUGAGGGAUUACAACGACACCGAAGACGUGCAAGAUACAGCAAUC